GCCUCCGGCGCGGGUCUACGCAGACACGGAAGGCCAACGGCGCUAGGCUGCGAGGCGGAUCGAGUCAACGCGGCGGGGGAGGACAUCCGCGGGCGCCGCUUCCUAGCGUCGGGGUCCUUCGAGGAGCUCUCCCGGGCUCCCGGGGUACGGGGCAGCACGUAGCUGUCGUCUUAGCGCAGGGCAGACAGGCAGUACCGAGCUGGUGGGCGCAACGGGAAGAGCUCCACGCGUGCGAUACAUCCGGAGUCGGAGGCCGCGCGAAGCGCUCUGGGGCUUGUAGUUCUGAAGAUGGAGCGUGCUGCGCCGCUCGCCGCGCCCCUGGGUCAGGCAGAAGUGUUUCAGGCCCUACAGCGGCUGCACAUGACCGUCUUCUCCCAGAGCGUCUCGCCUUGUGGGAAGUUUCUGGCUGCUGGCAACAAUUACGGACAGAUUGCCAUCUUCAGCUUGUCUGCCGCUUUGAGUUCAGAAGCCAAAGAAGAAAGUAAGAAACCCGUGGUGACCUUCCAAGCCCAUGAUGGGCCUGUCUACAGCAUGGUCUCCACGGAUCGCCAUCUGCUCAGUGCUGGGGACGGGGAGGUGAAAGGCUGGCUGUGGGCAGAGGUCCUGAAGAAGGGCUGCAAGGAACUGUGGCGCCGUCAGCCCCCAUACAGGACCAGCUUGGAAGUGCCCGAGAUCAAUGCCUUGCUGCUCAUCCCUAAGGAGAAUGCCCUUGUUCUGGCUGGGGGAGACUGUCAGCUGCACUCCAUGGAUUUGGAAACGGGGACCUUCACGCGGGCCCUCAAGGGCCACACAGACUACAUCCAUUGCCUGGCACUUCGGGAACGCAGCCCCGAGGUGCUGUCAGGUGGCGAGGACGGGACUGUGCGGCUCUGGGAUCUCCGCACAGCCAAAGAGGUCCAGACCAUCGAAGUCUAUAAGCAUGAGGAAUGCUCAAGGCCCCACAAUGGGCGCUGGAUUGGAUGCUUGGCCACUGACUCAGACUGGAUGGUCUGUGGAGGGGGCCCAGCCCUCACCCUCUGGCACCUCCGGUCCUCCACACCCACCACUGUCUUCCCCAUGCGGGCACCACAGAAGCAUGUCACCUUCUAUCAGGACCUGAUUCUGUCAGCUGGCCAGGGCUGCUGUGUCAACCAGUGGCAGCUGAGUGGGGAGCUCAAGGCCCAAGUGCCUGGCUCUUCUCCAGGCCUGCUCAGCCUCAGCCUCAAUCAGCAGCCCGCAGCCCCGGAAUGCAAGGUCCUGACUGCUGCUGGCAACAGCUGCCGGGUAGAUGUCUUCACCAAUUUGGGCUAUCGAGCCUUUUCUCUGUCCUUCUGAUGUUCAACAUUGGACUUCUCAAGGUUUAGAAGUACUUGUUUUUCUUUUUUACAUUUUUUUUUUCUUAAAAACAUUUUUUUAUUAUUUCAUUUUGUGACAGUAUUUCACACUGUAGCCCAGGCUGGCCUGGAACUCCCUGUGCCACCUACCUUGACCUCCAACUUUAAGCAGUCCCGCCUCAACUGACUGACUGCUGAGAUUACAGGUGUGAGCGACCAUGUCCAGCUUCUAUUGUUUGUUUUUUAAAUAAAGUUUCAGGUUUUUCUGAUACAUACUUCCAAGAAUGGA